AUGAUUGGCCAGCUGAUCCUGCUUGCAGUGAAUGUUUGUCGUUUUGCGUUAGUCGUAUCGAUUCGAGCGGAUAACGCUAGGAAACAACGAGGUGGAAGACGAUCAACGGAUUUAAAUGUAACAAAUUUAAAACGACGACAAUCAUUUUAUCAGUUACAAUCAUCUUCUUCGUCCAACGAGGACGAUUACGAAGAUGAUAUUGACGACAGUAGCAAUACAACUAAUAAUAAUGGAAACGGUGAUUUCAUCGCAACAACAGUACCAGGUACUAAGAAAAAUAGUCGUAGUAAGAAAAAGAAGAAAACUCGUGGACGUGUUAAAAUUAAAAUGGAAUUUAUUGAGAAUAAAAUACGACGUUACACAACAUUCAGUAAACGAAAAACAGGAAUAAUGAAAAAAGCCUAUGAAUUAGCAACAUUAACUGGCACGCAAGUGAUGUUACUUGUAGCUAGUGAAACAGGACAUGUCUACACAUUUGCCACACGAAAACUACAACCAAUGAUUACCAGUGAAGCUGGUAAAGCUUUGAUACAAACAUGUUUAAACAAUACAUCUGAAGAAGAUGAAGAUGUUUCCAAUGAUAAUUUGAAUCCAACGGAUGAAGUGGAGUAUGAAGAAGUUGAAUUGUUUUAUAAAACGCCUCCAUCAUCGACAAGUACAACAUUGGCACAUAAUGAUGUUAUUGUUAUUGAUCAGUCUAUUAAAAAUCUGUCCAAUAAACAAAGCAAUGCAUCAAACGAAAUUCUAAAUAACAAUCGUACUUGUCAACAAAAUUCUACAGUAAAUAUACCUGAAUUACAGCAACAACAACAACUACUAUCAGAAAGCCCGUCAACUGAUUUAGAGGCUACAACAUCAUCAAUAGUUCGAGAACAAAGUCGAAAACGAUUUAAAGUCGACGCGUCUGAUUCUACACCUAAGAAAAUUAUUAAAAGUGAAAUCAUCUCUACAGCAAUAACAACGACAGUACAGGAUUCAUCUUUGCAACCGAAUACAAUUAUAGAAUCUUCAAUUCAAAAAAAUUCUACAGGUGCAUUAACAGUUCCAUGUUUUAUUGUUCAAUCACCACAACAGACAUCAGCAACGACAUCUCCUUAUACAAUCGAUAUGAAUUUUUUUAAAAGUAAUGGUAUGAACAUUGUUUUUGGUUCUUCAUCAUCUCCACAAUCAAAUAUCACACCAUCAUCUAAUUUUUCGACUUCUGUUGGAACUCAAACGCUUGAUAAUUCACAGCAACAAUCUGUUAUCAGUAUACCAUUACUACUGACAUUAAAUAAUUUAUUACCGACUAGUAAUACCACAACAUCACAUUAG